GUGUCGUCAAAUAAAAAUAAGCCACGUUUGAGAAGUGAGCCACAUCUGUUUACACACCGCACAAAGGAAGGCAGCGUAAGCUAUACAUUACAGUGUCACUCCUGGUAGCCGCCGCACGACAAAAAACGACACAUUUACUCCACGUUUUGCGGCCAGACUACUUGAUCAGUUUAUGAGUCUUGAAUUUUCACUCCAUGUGUGGUUAAAUGUAGAUCUACGCCUUCGAAAAUUAAGAAUACUUGUCGUUCUGGUGAUAAUUAAAUAUGCUAGCUGGGUUAGCACAGCUUGUAGCAGUUUGGGGUAUGUUCGUUUGGUAUGUGUAUACUGUGGGAUUUAGCAUAGUAAAGGAAUAGUAUAGAAUAGUAACGUAGUCUCCACAGUCAUGUGAGUGUAAAUUGGUGGACAAAAGGUAUCAUUAAUCUAGUACUUAACUUGUUAUGUUUAUCAGUGGUAUAUGUGAAUGUUACUACGUUGUAAAUUGAGCUAGCAUAUUACACGGAUGUUAGCUUACUGGUUUGUAGCGAUAAUAAUGUAAAUAUGUUCUGAUACUAAUAACAACAAUACUGACAAGGUAAUUGAUACAUAUAUUUUAAACACCCGAAGCCCCACAAAAUAAAUUAAUCGCUUAAAACCAGGCCCAAACAGAUACCACCGGCAUAGCUCGAUGUAGAUAACAUGCGCUCCUAGGAGAGGCUACCCAGGACGCAUCUUGAUACAAGGCAAAGCGCCGAUGUGUCGCCUGCAUUUUCAACAACAUUCACCAAUUUAACUAACCUUUUCUUGGCUUUGCUUUGUCCCAGUCCGAACCCCGAACACACCAGAAGAUGUCGAACCUCAACUCGCGUCAAAUCGACGGAAAUACAGGAUUUUAUCCAACUUAUUCCCCGCUAGUUGUUUUCCUACUUCCUGAUUGAGAAGGUGCCAUUUUGAAUGAAUAUUUCCGCUGCUGUCGUCACGAGCUCAACUAGAACAACCAAGUGGGGGAAAAGUGCUGUGGGUUGUACUGCUGGGAGUCAGGGCUACACGGCUUUUUGAACUGAAGCGAUGGAGACGUUCGUCUUUUUAUUUUCUUUUUCUGCCCUCGGCAUUCUCUAUGCCAUGAACACCAUUCCUACACUCCAAGAGCCACUGGUGAUCCUGGUGAUUGGCAUUGCUGUGCUGGUAUUCGUCUUCCUGCUCUACCUCAUCAUCACUCGUGGAAACAGACCCAAAGACACCCUAUUCUUUGUUUUUGCAGAAUUUUGCUUUACUUGUGUCAUUGACCUGACCAGUGCCUUGGAGUAUGAUGGCUUCAUAUCAGGCUUCAUGGAGUUCUAUCGUAAGACAGUAGGUUUUCCAGGUGAGCCUUACCUGGGCACGGCCUACGCUAUCAUGAUGUGUUACUGGGACGGAAUUGCUCAUUUUAUCAUGUACCUCAUAAUGAUCAGCAAGAUAACGGAGAGCAAAGGGUACCGCACACUGGGCCUGUUCUGGGCUGGCUCCCUGUGCGCCAACAUGAGUGUCUUCAUCACCGGUAUUGUGGCAGGGAAAUAUGGCUCGGAGAUCCGUCCAGCCUUCUGGCUCAACUUCCUCUUCCUGUUGAUGCCUGUAUGGGGAGGGCUCAAACUGUUUACUCGGCCCAAGGACAGACCACUGAUCGGUGGAUAUAAUGCUCAGCACGCUCAGAGCAUGAAGCUCAUCUGGCGACCCUUGGAUCUGAUCCUGGUGUUUCUCCUGCUGGCUGCCAUGGCCUUCACCAUCCUCAGAGGCCUGGUGGCCCUCGAUUCCCCAGUAGGAGCAUGUUCCUUCUACGUGAAGCACUAUGAGCCCUACUUGAAGGAUCCGGCGGGCUACCCCAGGGUGAUGAUGCUGCACAUGCUCUUCUAUGGACUACCACUGUUGGGAGCAUUUGUUUACGGUCUCCUCAAGCCGGGCUGCACAUGGAUGUCCGACUGGACCAUCUUAUUUUCAGGAGCAAUGAUUCAGUGCCAGUGGGCUCACAUCGGGGGAUCCCUCCAUCCUCACACCAAGGCUCCAUUUCGUAUUCCAAACGAUGUCUUCUGCCAUGUUCUGGCAGCCAACUUGCUGUACGCCGUCACUCCACUGCUGGUGGCCUUGCGUGUUCGCAGUAACCCCUAUUUCUUCCUGAAGAUAGCGCCUUUCCCUGGGCAAACCGGUCUGCCAAAUAGUGAGGAGAAAGAUACCAAGUACAAAAACAAAUAACACUGAUCAGAUGUUCCAAGAAAAAUAUGUGGUGACUUGAAUUGAAAAUAAAAAGCAUUUUA